UUAUUUUAGUUUUUGGCUUUUAACGCGUGCACAUCGUUACAAUAUGUCGAGUGGUGCGCGAAUGGUAUUUAUUUUAGCGAUAUUGCAAUAUUUUCUGCAAUCACCUUUGGGUACGGCUGCGAACCCGCACAGGGGCUACGUGUUUACUGCGCCGAAGAGGCUCAUUGCCGGCGAAACGGAGAGCGGAUGUCUCUCGAUUCAUCAUUUAUCCACCCCUGCUCAUGCUCUUCUGGAACUCCUCACCACAGAUGAUGUCGCCGAGGAAGAAAUCUUGGCCGCCAGCAGCUUCACUCUCGAAACUGGUGUGGAGGCAUGCCUGGAGCUUCUGGUACCUCAUACCAAAUACUCGGUGGCGAGGCUACGAUUAAAAGUCAGAUUUGAUAAGCAUCCGGAUUACACCAUCAAUUCUGAGAAGGAUGUUUACAUCGAACACGAUUCGCACGUCACAUUUGUGGAGACAGAUAAGCCAGUUUACAAGCCCGGACAGGACGUGAACAUUAGAAUCCUCACGGUGAAACAUGACUUGAAACCGUGGAAAAAACCUAUUCCUAAAAUAUGGAUCGAAAGCCCUUCUGAAGUCAGAGUGGCCCAAUGGUUGAAUGUUUCCACAGAUCUCGGUCUUGUACAAUUGACGUUUCCUUUGUCACCUGAACCUAGCCCGGGUAUAUGGAAGAUCAAAGUUGAGAAAAAAAAAUUCCACCUACCGAUUAUCGACACAAAAACUUUCGAGGUGAAAAAGUACGUGCUUCCGAGGUUCCAAGUGUCCAUUACUCCUCCAGGAUACAUUCUCGCCAAUGCUGAAAAUGUAACGUGGAACGUUUGCGCCAAAUACAGCUAUGGUAAACCGGUAAAGGGUUCGCUUCACUUGAAAUCGACACCACAGACGCCCACAUGGAGACGAAAGCAAAACCUGCCAGAAAUCAAUUACCUCACCGAGUUAAAUUCCGAAGAUGGAUGCGUCGAAUUUACCGUUACUGGUUCAGAACUUGGUUUGGCAGACUGGAAGGUAUUGCCGAACAAUAUAAUGUUGACAGCUAACUUCACCGAGGCAGGAACAGGAGUUGUUGAAACUGCUACCAGUCGAACAAAUGUUGUCCAUCAGUCACUGAAAUUGGAGUUUCUGCCACACACCCCUCAAUAUUUCAAACUCGGAUUACCAUAUCAUGGAAAGUUGCGUGUACUGAAGCAAGACAAUACCCCGGCACCGAAUGAGAAGAUCCAACUUUGCCUGAAGGUGAGGGGAAAAGACGACUGGUUGAGGGUUGUCGUAGAAUGUCGAAAUUUUACGUCCUCCUCCGAUGGAUUUAUCGACUUCAUAGUGCCCCCGCAGCAUAAAAAUAUCGAGUCCCUCAGUUUUGUUGCAGCUGGGGUUGAAUAUCCAACGAAAUACUACUCUCCGGAUAAGAGAUGGCGAGUUUUCAUGGAUCAACCAUCCGCCUACAUGGACACCAGUCCGUGGUAUUCGCCAUCGGACAGCUACUUGUCGGUGGCCCCCGGAUAUCAGCCGAUCGUUUGUGGCGAAAAAUACUCGUUCAACGUCAUGUAUACCAUGCCGAUUAACCACGAGACGAACGAACCGAUCUCCUUUCAUUAUUCGGUGAAUUCAAAGGGAGAUCUACUGAUAUUUGGCCACGUUAAACACAAGCCCCACAAGGACUCCGUUCUCAAUUAUUCAGAAUUUCGCAACCUCCUUGGAGCCGUUGAGACACCGGCGAACAGAACUGACCAAACUCACGUGGUGCACAGAUUCCCGUUGAGCGUCAAAGUAACCCCCAGCAUGGCCCCUGUCUCGGAACUUUUACUGUACUACGUUCGUCCGGAUGGAGAAACGGUCGCAACGACCUACACGAUAGUCGUCGGUAACUGUUUCGGAAAUAAAGUGAAGACCGCGUGGCACGAGGAGUCGCAAAGUCCGGGAGGAAAAACUCAGUUCCACAUAGAAGCGGCACCGUUUUCGCUCUGCGGUAUAUCCGCUCUCGAUAAAUCGACGAUGUUCCUACGCGGAGGAAAGACUAAUAUGAUGAGCAAGGACGAUGCCUUCAACCAGCUCAAAAGAUUCCACAUAAAGCCCACGGACUCACCCAUUCAAAGUCGUUUCAAUUACUGUUUGAAAGUGAAAAAACAAUCGCAAGAGGAGGUGGAAGUCGACCAUUUACCUAGGCCCGCCGAAGAGGAGCCUCCCUUUUACGAUCUACGCAGAAGAAAACGGUCGAUGUACUACGGCCGUGCUCACUACAUCGACGCCAUGCAAGCAUUUGAUGAUUUCGGAGUCAUAGUGAUGAGCGAUUUGACGCUCGAAACCCGUCCGUGCUCUCAAAUUUCCGGGGUCUAUUUCUCCACGCAGCGUACGGCGAUGACGUUGGAACAGACGGAUACCGGUUUAGAUGGCGGUCCCCUGUUCAUAAGACAUCGCGCUAUGCCGCUCGCCUAUCCGCUGCUGACGUUCGACGCGCAGUUGAACCACGACUAUCUGGAUCCUACGGACACCGCGGACACGGCUACGACUAUAAGGUCCUAUUUUCCCGAGACUUGGCUCUGGGAGUUGGUGCAAACGGGGAAGGAGGGUACGGUCACGAUAGAGCGUCAACUACCCCAUACCAUCACGGAUUGGGUGGGUUACACCACCUGCAUUUCCCCGAGACACGGACUCGGCAUCGCCCCGCCGACGACGAUCACCGCAUUCCAGUCGUUCUUCUUGGACUACACCCUGCCGUACAGCGUGAAACGCGGCGAAAUGCUUCACAUGAAAGUGUCCCUCUUCAAUUACAUGCAGCACAGUCUACCCGUGAAAAUUAAGUUGGAAGAUGCGAGGGGGCUCGAUUUGCAUCUGUCGCGUUCCGUGGUCUCGUUUUGCGUCGAUUCGAGAUCGAGCGUCGUCCACGAAUACAUAUUACGACCUCGCGUCCUCGGCGACGUGAACAUAACAGUUUCUGCAGCGGUUGACGCGGAGUACCCGGACCCCUGCGGACCGGACACCCUGAUUCAUACCAGGGACGUUAUAACAAAACCAAUACUUGUACUGCCGGAAGGUUUCCCAGUCGAGGUCACCAAAUCGGCAUUCAUCUGCCCGAAGGAUUUUGUCGAUGAUUCAUUUGUUGUAUGGAAUUUGGAUUUGCCCGAAGACCUGGUAGCGGAAAGCGCGAGGGCGUACGUUUCUCUGAUUGGAGAUAUUUUAGGGCCGGCUUUAGAAAAUUUGGAGAAGUUGGUGCGUCUGCCCAUGGGAUGCGGAGAACAGAACAUGGUAUUGUUCGUACCCAACAUUCACGUCAUUAAUUACUUGGAGGCGACUCACAUGGAGAAUUCGGCGCUGAAGGCCAAGGCGAUCAAAAACAUGGAAAAAGGAUAUCAACGAGAAUUGAACUACCGACAUCCGGACGGUUCUUACUCAGCGUUCGGUGCCGACAAUCUGUCCACCGAAGGAUCCAUGUGGCUGACCGCUUUCGUUGUCAAAUCUUUGGCUCAAGCGCAACACUUGAUUCACGUGGAUGAGCGCGAUUUGAAAUUUUCCGUCAAAUGGAUCACGAAACGUCAGUUGGAGAAUGGAUGUUUCCCUGUACGUGGUCAAGUGUUUCACAAGGACAUGAAGGGUGGCCUUCAAGACGACAACGGUUCUUCCUUGGCACUGACCGCGUACGUCUUAAUAUCUCUACUCGAAUCCGGGGUGCCGUUGCAGCCGGCGUUGACGAACAACGCGUUACACUGCUUGGAAAAAGACUCCGUCAGCGGCGACGGCAAUCCCUACACUUUGGCGCUGACAACCUACGCUCUGACGUUAUUGGAACACCCGAGAGCUAACGAUAGUUUGCAGGCGUUGAUAGGGCUCGCGACUAAACAUCAGGACUUGAUAUGGUGGGAGAAUAAAACGAAGCCGUCCGUAGGUUUGAGCGUUGAAAUGACGGCGUACGCAAUUUUAUCGCUGGUAAAAAUUGGCGGGGAAACGAAUAUGGUGACUGCGCUAAGAGCCGUCCGUUGGAUAUCGAAACAGCGAAACGCCGAGGGUGGUUUUACCUCGACUCAAGAUACCGUGCUCGGUCUCGAGGCGCUCACAAAGUACGCGUCCGCUAUGAGCCUGGCGAAUACGGAUCUCUCCGUACUGAUCACCGCCAACGAGAUUGACCAUGCCUUCAAAAUGCAAAACGAGAACAGACUCUUAUUCAGGCAAGUUCAACUGCCCGUUCUACCGACGACGGUUGAAAUCUUUGCGGACGGAGAGGGAUGCGUUCUAGUGCAGAGUAACUUGAAAUACAACGUACCACAUGCGACUGGAUCGGACGCAUUCGAUCUUUCGGUCAAUGCUGAAUCCGUGGCAUCCGUCGACGAGUGUGCGAUGCAGAGAAUAACUGUCUGUGCACGAUACAAAAUGGCCGAUGAAGAGAGCAACAUGGCAUUGAUCGACAUAGGCAUGAUCAGUGGGUACAUACCCGACAGAUCCAGCCUGCACUCCCUCCUCGAAAAUCCUAGCACGUAUGUCAAGAGAUUCGAAGAGGAUCGAGACGUCGUCAGUAUCUACCUGGAAAAAUUAACCACUCAAAGAACUUGCAUAUCAUUCAUCGUGACCAGAGAAAAUGUUGUCGAUCGCCCCGAAGCGGCGAAUGUUAAAUUGUACGAUUACUACCAACAGGAACUCACCGUGUCUUCGAGUUAUAACUUCGCACCGACCUGCAGUAGUUCCGGCGUAAACGAGGGUCCGGGAAUACCAAAUCCAAUGCCAAACGAACCAAAUGUCAGAAAUACCACUACACGUGGAAACUCUCCGACCACCACAUCUACUGCUCGCAGUACCACAGAUAGAGAUAUCAACGUUGUGCUUUUGCCCGUUGAGGCUCAUUCGGACGUUGCGGAGGGACCUGCUGUCUUAAGGCACGCCAAGAACAUGAGAAGUGAUUCGAAACUUCCGGAAAAUGUGGUAGCGGCUUUACCGUUGGUUACCGAUAAGCCAGAAUUGAAAACGGUUCCACCGGCGAAAAUCACGGAAUUGAUAGAGAAGUUCAAAGAGAAAAUUGCCGCUAGAAAUAUGGAAAUCAAGGCCAAAGUUAAUGGUACACUUAUGACGACAGGAAUCGAACCAAAACUUGAAAAUGUUUCUCUGGUAGAAAAUUCGGAUAUAAAAAUGAACAGUGACGGACUCGAAGAAACUGGGCAUGUCAGAACCGAGAACGACAAUUCGGUUCGAGAAUUCAAACAAGCUUAUAAGAAAGACAACGAUGAAAUUUUCAAACACAUAGACGUUAUGCAAGAUAUGGGAAGCGGGGAAGCACCGAACGAACGAGAAUUCGGUCUAAAUCCCGCUUUUGUGGAGGUAGAUCACGAUUUGGAAUUGCCCGAUGGAAUAGAAGGACCUGAACCGGUGUUUGUAAAACCCGAUAAGGUGGUUACGUUCGAUGGCGAAGAUCGUGGCGAAGAUGCAUCGGUAACAAAUGACGACAUCCAAAAUCCAGAACAAACCAAACCAACGUACGAAAAAGUGUCUCACGGCCAAGACGUUGAGACGACGAGAACGAUCGGCGAAAAUCUUGAAGACGGAAUGAUCGUAGAACCUGAACAAUUCAUGAUUGAGCAAGAAUCGCUUCCUUCGACACCUUCAAGUUUAAAGACAUCAUGUCCGACCUGUUUGGGAAACAUACCGAAGAACAUAAGUGAAAUAUACUGUAAGGCAAAAAGCGUAGUUAAAGUGGCAAUCAGACGAUUCCAUAAAGCAAGAUUACUAUUGGAUCUUCAUGCGAGCAGGUCAACGAGCCGAUUGCGUUCCACAAUUGACUUGACUAUUGAUCCAGAUUGUUCGUGUGAAAUAAUUGACACGUCGGGAGGAUUCGCGCUACUAAUUGAUCAAAAAGAUAGCACUCUCGCGUCUUUGGUAGAUCACGUUGAGCAACAUUUGGGGAAGAGCGUGACUAUAUACAAACUACCAAACACGCAGGGUCUUCCACCAGAAAUAAAACAAGCCCGUGCAUUGUGCUAAUCACUGAGUGUGGCGGGUUGUAGAGAACAGAAAAAAAAAGAAAAGAAAAAACUUUCCAAUUUUGUAAGCUAAACAACAUGGUCGUAAGGACUGGUAUAGAAUUCAGGUACAUUAAAAAUCACUCGGUGAAAAUAAGUAGACAAGAACUGUUUCGCGAGAUACGUUAGGAUUAGCUUGUCUUUUUUCCUUUAUUUAUUGGUUUUUCUCUUUUGUCAACGGUACCCCACCCCUUAUUAAAUGAGACAAUUCUCAUUGAUUUUUUGUCGUUCAAGCAAAUUUUCGUAAAUUGAGUUUUACUCUACUUUUUUUUUAAAUGUAUUUAUUUAUUUCUUUUUGUCGUUGACGUCAACAUUUUAAACUAUAUACAGAGAAGAAGAAAAAAAGAAAAACGAUGAAAAAGAGACAAACUUUAGUCUUAUCCGAUAUCUAAUUUUAAUCGGUAAUGCCACGAAGGUAAUUAGUUUAUCGCUGUUACAAUAUACGAUAUUUCGUAGUUAGUUUAUAAGUAACUCAUGAUAUAUCAAAGUUGAUACUACUACAUUAUAAUUUUUUUUAUUUCUGAAAUAAUGAACUGUAAAUAAUAAAGAAAAUCUUUCAAUUCCGACGCAGAACAAAGAGUCUCAAUAUCGUCUGAUUCUUUAGGGAGAAUUAUUGAGGUAUUAAAUUUUACUCUCGGGGCUGUUUCGUCGAAAUAAAAACAAAAAAUCGAUUAAUCCAGUCAUUUGGUUUUAAUCAAAUCAGCUAGUAAUUUACUUGUCAAGUGAUUUAUUAUUCUUUUUUUAUUCCUAUUCAUUUAUUUUUUGUUUCCCCCCGAUUUCUUUCAUCAUAUCUUUCCACUGAUACCUUAAUAGUUAUUACAAGUUAACAAUCAUUAUCUUCAGAUACUAAUUUUAAAUAAAAUAUCAAUUCAUUACCACGAAUCGACGUACAUGUCCUAUGAUGUAUAUUGAAAAUACCUAAUCCUAUAGCAACAGUGCUUGAAAGGUGUUUAUCGUUAAACCAGUAAUUUUCUUCAAUUUUUCUCUAUCCCUCAAAAAUCAGUAAUUUAGAACAAAAAAAUUUUUAAUCAUCGUUUUAUUUCAUGUUUCGACAUUACAGUCUGUAAUUGCGAUAUAAUAUUUCAUCAUUUGGCUUCGUGGAACCCCUAGUAAAUAAUAGCGAUUAUAUUUUCUCCUCUUCUCGAAGUUUAUUUAAAUUAUUUUUUUUCUCGUGUAUUUCUUAAUCGUCGAUCUUUGUUUUUAUUAAUUGGAUGAAAAAAAUGUAUAUGAAAGAAAAAUAUUUUUACGUCACUUACGUACUAUUAGUAAGAUAUUAUUAUUAUUAUUAUUAUUAUUAUUAGAAUUAGAAUUAUUAUCGUUAUAGUUAUUAUUAUUUCAUAGGAUUGCUUUUCUUGAACAAAAAAGAAAUAUAAAUUAAUACAAAUGAUAUAAAUGAACCCAGACGACGUUGCAACAGAUCAAUAUAUCAUGUCUCUUACGUAUCGACAGACUUUACAGUUUGAUCAUAGAAAUCUUGUAGAUUGAUCGCUGAAAUAAUAUAUGUCUAUAAAUCAGGGCGAGGAAUUUAUUGUAAAACAAAAAAAAAAAUAUAUAACGUAAGAAGAUGAAAUGAACUAAAAUGAAAAUAAAUAAAUAGAAAGUAAAAGCAAUGAACCAACCGUGCAACGAA